UGACUGAUAUGUCGCUUGACCUUGAAAUCCGUUUAAAAACAAAAAUGUCCGCACUUAUUGAAUCCUAUGCCAUUGGAUUGGUGCUAUUCAUUCACUGGUCAUUGUUUCAUUAAUUAAACAUUGAACAUCUCUUAAGUGUGUUUGAAUGGACCAUGCACAAAUUUAAAAUUUAAAUUUUAAGACAUUGAAACAAUAAACUUAUCUACAUUUUGAUGAAACUGAAUUUCAGAAAUACAUAUAUGUAUAUACAUAUAUAAAUUUUAGAUUUAAAUAAUUGAUAUUGUUUAGUCAUUUAGUUAGUUAGUUCAUAAUUUAAUCACAUUCAACGUACAAACACCAAUACACAAUCUGAUCCGAAUAAUGAAGCCAUUUACAAAUGAAAUUCAAGAAUGACGCUUGGUUAUGCAUUAAUCAGCUUUAGCAUGGGAAUGCCAGUGCUUUGAUUCAAUCUAUCCUGGUGGUUGCAAUUGCAUAAAUACACACUGUCUACUUUUACUGUGUAAUCCAUUCACAAUGCUGUCAACGGAGGAAUUCGGUUGAAUUUCGACAAUCUAUCUAGUAAUCUCAUUCUCCCUGUAAAAACCAUGCAAAUAUCAAUUAUAUUAAUGAUUCCACUACUACUGAAUAUCCCAUUAUCUUUUACACAACGAAAUUUCCCAGCAGUUAACAAUGAACCUUGUCCAUCUAUGUGUAAAUGUUCAAUAAAUCCAAUCAGUGAAAACAAUAGUGAUUCAAUGUUCAAUAUGCCCGGGAAAAUCAAAUCUGUGCAUAAGGAUAAAAAGAACAAUUAUUUCUAUUAUUCCAUACUAGCAACCUGUUGGAUAACAUCUGAUCUUAUCUCUUUAGAUUGUACAUCGAAAUGGAGUGUUCUACACUUACAAAUAUUAAACGAUGGGAAAGAAUAUUCUGGCGCCUUGAAAUAUCCCAAAAAUGUUCAAAUUCAACCAUCAACAGAUUUAUUUCAUAAGUGUAAAUCAAUUGAAAGACUCGCUAUUUGGGAAAAUAAUCAAAUUAAUUAUUUGCCGAGUAGUUUGUUUAAACCAUUGAUACAUUUAACACGUUUAAUAAUUCAAUUACCAACGCUACAUCGCUUACCUGAUCAUUUUUUAUUAUUUAUGCCAAGGUUAAACUUUUUAAUGGUUUCUAAAUCAUCACAACUUACACAAAUAUCACAGAAAACAUUUGAACCAUGUCCAAGACAUCUGAAAACAAUAUGGUUAUAUGGGAAUGGAUUAGGUGAUUCACUGACGGUGGGAUUAUUCCACGCUUGUGAUCUGUACGAAUUAUGGUUAGGCGAGAAUAAACUUCGGUGGAUGCCGGUUGGCAGUUUAAAUGGUCUAACGAAUCUUAAACACUUACGGCUGAAUAAUAAUCAGCUUCAUGGUUCAUUGGAGGAGGUUUUUGGAGUGUAUGUGGCAGGAAUACGUCUACCUGAAGAUAACGAAAGUCACAGUCGCCAGUAUUCAGCGUUGAGUGAUGUGAGAAUGUUAAAAUUGCUAGAUUUAUCCUAUAAUAAAAUUAAAUCGAUUGAAGGUUAUCAAUGGUCAAGUCUGUGUUCUGUUGAAAACAAUGAAGGUCUUUGUUAUUUAGAAGAACUUCGACUUGAGCAUAACGAACUUGUUUAUCUUGGGCCUUAUGCGUUUAAUGGUCUACCAAGAUUAAGAAAAUUGACACUUUCAGAUAACACGAAGUUGUACACACCAGAAUCGAUUAUGAGUUUAACUCUAUCCUUGCACAGCUUAUCAUUCUCAACAAAUUACCUAUAUGAGGUAUUGAUUACAGUGAGAAGUGAUACACUUGAAGAACGAGAUACUACUACGACUACACUAAAUAUUUGUCAACCAAGCUUGACUGACUCUAGAAUGUUACUCCACAAGAUGGAUAAAUCCUUGAGAUCAAUUAUUCUUCAAAUAAAUCGUCACAGUUGUCAUAAACAAGGUGAAUGGGACAGGGAACUGUCUACACAAAAGACUGUGUACAAUGUUGUCUCUGAUCAACCACUUUGUGUUUCAAAUGGACAUAAUACACAAGUUCGUGAUAACAUCGUCUCAAAUGAAAGCUCAUCUAACCACCAAAGUACAGUUAUGUCAUAUGUGAAACAAUCAACAGAAAUGGAGUUAGCCUCAUUAUUUGUUGGUCUAAUAUGCUUUGGAGUUAUCCUAGGCUCAUCAGUUGUUCUCAUCACAUGGUAUUUCACGAAACCAAGAAAAUCAACUCGUAAACAGAAAUUCAAAAACAGACAACAAAAACAAAAUAGAAUCAGUGAAAAUUUCCUGCCGCUAUCUCAGAUUACUCCUAACCACAAUCAACCAACUCAUCGAAAUGUAUUGCAUACUUCGAAUUAUAUCUAUCCGUAUCACCAAAUGUGUUACACGCCUAAUUUUCAAUCCACUGGUAGUUCAAUGAUCUCUCCAUUAGUCAAUCGUAAUUCAUGUUGUCAGCUACCGCCUAAUAACUUGAUCCUUCAACAAACUAGUAAUCAAAAACAUAGCUACAAUCAAUCACGUGGCACUUCUUCAUCAAAAAUCAAAUUUGCCCAGUCUUUGUCAAAAACCUCUGCUGUUGUUUCAUCCCCCGGUAGGAUGAUGAUGAUGAUGACGAAACAGCCUGACCUGCUGCCAUUAUGUUCACUACCAACAAUGGAAACUAGCGUCAUUUCAGAAUCUGUAUAUAGUUUAGUAACACAGACAUCAUCAACUAGUAAAAUGAAAUGAAUGUGAUGCAAAAUAAAAAUCGAUAAGUUAAUUUGAAAAAUAAUCAAUAUCAAACAUAUAUGUGUAAUUUAACUAAAAAUAACAUAUUAAUAUUUUCAAUGAAAGAUAUAAGUAGGUUGUUUGUUUGAAUGGAUGAAUAAAUAUGCCACUGUUUUAAAUCACCUAGGUAACCAGGAUAUAUAUGUGAUUCAAACAAAGUGUACCCGUGUGAAUUAGAGAUAGAUAGUGCAGAAAUGAGAUAACAUGCUUUCAAUGUAAAACGAAAAUCGCUAUGUAUGGCCAAGUUGAUCAUAAAAUGAGAAUUUAUGUGGAUUUUAACUUUAUUAUGUUUAUUGUGUGAGAAAAAUUUGAACACGUUGAAUGCCAUAGUCGGUGAGAGAGAGAGAUAGACAGAGAGAAAAAUAAAUCUGGGUAAAACUUCUAUUCAAGUUUUCAUUUCUAUAUGUAAUACUUUUAAAU